AUGCUAAACCUGUCUGUUGUCCUAUUGACAGUCAUUUCGUGCUACUUGGAUUCAUUCACUGUUCCAUCAAGCCACGUGUGGCUCGAAGGUGACAACAGUGACCACUCUUUGGACUCUCGAAACUACGGUCCGGUUCCGACCUCUCGAUUGGAAUAUCGCGUCCUUCUGCGACUGUGGCCUCUGAACAGUUUCGGUCGACUAAGUUCGUAUGGACCGAACCCACCGGUUCCCCUGUCUACUUCAUCGUCCCCUAGCCUGACCACUUCGGUCGAAGCGUGCUCGGACUUUGCACGAGUGGACAAGAAAACGUGA